UAUAGAAAACUGCCCGUUGCCGUGGUAACCCGAGAGCGAAAAUCAUCAUGUUAUUAUGUUAAACGUUUGGUUCAGAUUAAAAAACAACAAAUUGCCACAAAACGGUUCUGAAAGAAAACUUUUAGCUGCUUUAGUAGACACGUAAAGUUGAAGAAUAAACCCAGAGACAGACAUGACUGACACCGAGGGAGUCCAAGACAGAACUCGAAGACUUGAAGAACAAGUCCCAAGAAAAAAAACUCAGGAGCCUUCUCUUCAAGAACACGUUGCAGGAAUAUGUACUGAUGACAUGACUUACACUGAAGAAAUCCAAAUGAGUUUCCCACUCGAAAAUUCUGAUGAGGACUCAGAAACACUCACAGUCACAGAAGUUGUAGAUAUAACAGGCAUAGAAGAUGAAGAUAUAACGGGCACAGAAGGGACAUUGAACAUCUUGAUAAAAAGACUGCAAUCCAAUUGGCAAGCUAUUUUAAUUGGGAUUUUGAUAGUGCUUUUGUUUGGUGUGACCAGUGCCCUCUUGUAUAAAAAAAAAUACACAACUGAACCUGCUCUUGAAGAAGACCUCCCAAGAAAAUACAGAGCUGAACCUGCUCUUGAAGAAGACCUCCCAAGAAAAUACACAGCUGAACCUGCACUUGGAGAACGUGAUUCAAGAAAGGAGACAACUGGAUGUGGACCAGCUUUCAAUCCUGUUCUCGAACAAAAUGGGCUUCAUUUGGAGAUUCUGCAACAGAGACACCCUGCAGUGUUCACGCUGCCUGCCUGGCUGGACUGAGCACGCUUCACGUUGCUUCAUCCUGUCCCACGAACCAAAGAAGUGGGGAAAAUGCUUGCAUAGAGUGUCUUGACUAUGGGGGUGACCUGGCUAUGGUUAGGAAUAAAGAAGACCAGGCAUUCUUGACCAACAUGACUUUUCAGUAUGGACAGCAGAAUUCUAGCGAAGAUUUUCAUUCAGCAUGGAUUGGAUUGCAGGAUAUGGUCAAGGAGGGCACCUUCUUCUGGGUCAAUGGCGACACAGUCAAGUUGAAUGUCAUGUAUUGGAUGGAUCUGGAGCCAAAUAACGCUAUGGCUGCCUGGAACACAAGCCAGGCAGCACAGGACUGUGUUGCUAUUGUUCCACCAACACGCAUUGAAGGGGAGGACUGGUUGAACAACUGGGAUGACAUUAUUUGUAAUGGCAGACGGCACUACAUUUGUGAGACCACAGCUCUCAUUUUGGGCUGACUGAUGUAACCCCCGUUACACUGACAAGCCAGGGACGAUGUAUAUAAGUGUGCAUAU